CGAGGCAGAUGCAUGUAAAAUUCGCCGCUGAGUUUGAGGACUGGAUUGAGCACAUUGUGCUGUGGGACACCAGGAAUCAAGCAUCUGGGGUCGCGCUCACAUAUAUUAAACUGAUGCGCACUAAUGCGCACACUGGCUCAUCUGACGCGCGCCUUUGGUUACGCGUCUGUAAUGGUGGUACUCGUUUAAGUCGAGGAUUAUUAUUUUAGAAAGACUCCGAUCGUGAGUAUAACGGACAUCUACUGCUAGUGCAUUUGACAGUUUGUAAUUUUUGCCUCGUUUGUUACAUGAAAUCAUUGGUCUGCUCUUCGGACACCUCUUACGCAUUAGAAAGCUUCUGAUAUCGCACAAGUUUGUAGUUGGAAUUGAUUUUCGGACACGUCGUUUUGGAGAUUUCUAUCAGUCAGACGGUGGUCCUUUUUGUAUGGAUGUAGUGUGUCGGACUGAGUCGGACCGAUCCGGGGGUUCCAGACGCGCUUCCCCGAGAUUCCCCAGCAGCAUCACCGUCCAGCCGAGCGUCUCCAGCAGCAGGCGACAUGAUCCUUCUGGGAAUACUUCUAAAUCUGUUCAUCAUUAAGGGGUCUCUUCCCUCUGUGGUACCGGUGUUCCCUGGGACUAUGGACUGCAUAGAGGCUGUACAGGAAUGUGUGUUAGACCCGGAGUGUAAGCGACCGUUCCGGCAUCUGGAGUACUGUGUGGACGAGGAAGCGGUGGCUCCCCUGAGUCUGGAUGCGCGGCAGGCCUGCAUUGAUGCCCAGAACAACCUCAUGCGCUAUCAGCUCCUACAAGAAUGCAAGUGUCAGCGAGGGGCUCGUAUUGAACAACAGUGUCUGAGAGUUUACUGGACCGUCCGUUUUCCACAGGGUUAUGAUGACAUUGAGACGUCCCCAUAUGAAGACAUUGAACUGGAACUCGUGAGAAAUACUGAGACAUCAAAACUAGCCUCAAUAGUUUCAGUGUCAUCCCUUCCUCUGACGGAUCAGAACCAGUGUCUGAAAGCAGCUCAGGACUGUGGGUUGUACGAGAAGUGCGGUUCCCUGCGCUCUGAGUAUGCGUUAGCUUGCACUAAGAUCAUACCUGGCACGAACCACUGUAACCGGCACAAAUGUCACCGGGCUCUGCGGAGGUUCCUGGAACGUGUUCCCGAAGAGUACAGCUUCGGUGUCUUAUUUUGCCCCUGUUCGGAUACUCUAUGUGGGGAGAGAAGGAGAAAAACCAUUGUGCCCUCCUGUUCCUAUGAGGAACGAGACGGACAGCCCAACUGCCUUCAUCUGGAGAGUUACUGCCUUAAAGACAUCCUGUGCAGGUCAAGAUUGGCUGAUUUCCAGCAGAACUGUCAGCCGUCUUCUGUCUCUCCCUCUGGCUGUCUCCGGGAAAGUGGAGCCGUGUGCCUCAAGGCCUAUGCUGGGCUCAUCGGUACCAUUAUGACACCAAACUAUGUGAGUAACAGCAGUACAGAGGUGUCGCAGUGGUGUAAUUGCGAAGGCAGCGGGAACCAGUGGCAGGACUGCCUGCGUAUCCUGCGCAUGUUCACUAGCAACACCUGCCUGCGUAAUGCCAUUGAUAACAUGGGAAGCUCCACCCCUCGUCCAGUAGAGGGCACGCCCCUUCCUCCACCUCGCCCCUCCCCUCAAGUCCAGCGUGAUGAGCUGAACAUCAACUUGCUGCCUGAACCCAAUGCAGUGGUGGAAAGCGAAGAAGAUGAGGAGGAAGAAGAGGAGGAAGAGGAAGAAGACCAAACCGGAGGAGGGUUCAACGUCAUCCCUCCAUUCUCUGACAAGGCGACAGUCACUAACCUAGGCUCUGAAGCCGGGAGAGUCCACAGCUCCACAGCCGCAACCCUCUCUGUCCCUCACUUCCUACUCACGGUUCUGCUGCUGAUUGCCCUCCGCUGGGGGUAAAAACCUUCGCUCACACACACACGCAUUCUCUCUUACACAACACACGCCAACACACUUCCUCCUGAAGUACUCGCUUACAUCCAGACUCUACGACCUAUCAUCGAGGGAUGACAAGAACGAUAGAUCGGAGGGCAAAAUGAGCGGACAACUGUUCUAUCCCUCUUUCCUUCUUUCAUUCAUUCUUUUUCUCCUCCUUGGGAAGAGGGUCUACUAUAGAUAUAGCUGCUUGUUCAUUAGGGAAUCGCUUUCUGAAUGGGAUUCCCCGCCUGAAUCAUUUGAAUCACACAGAAGAUUCACAACUCCUCGGACUGACAGUAGCCGACGGUAACCGAAUGAUUUGGACGUACCAUGUAUAUAUUGUCAGUGUCAGUGUGCUUCAGAAAAGUGAGUUAAACCAGGAAAACAUUGCCGUCAAUCUGCAUUUCCUGCGUUUUGGAAAACCUGCCGUGUUUAUUGUCGCUGAUCAUGUUCGUUGUAUGAAAUGAGACAAAAUGUAUGUGUGUUUGUAAGUACGUGAUUCGCUUGACAUCACUGCUCGCCGACAUGAGAGAAAAAAACUCGUCGAGCACGAUUCCCAAAUCUUCCGUUUCUCACGCCUCCAUGUCUUGAGAGUCAGGCCGCACACCUAAUCACACACACACGCCUCUGCUCUGCUGCGGAGCCGAUCACGCAGAUGCAAGCGGUUUUCAUUUAUUGCUCUAUCUGCGAUGUGCUUUCAUUUUUUGACUCAGCACAGACUGUGCACUCUAACCAGGGGCAUAAAUAAAAAAACAUGUCCACAAACAGAAAAAACAUGAGUAAUAAAGCCGAAAAUAAAGAAAUAAACACAUUAAAUAAAUAAAUAUAUGGCUGCACAGCAGGUGUCGGAGUCCGGUCUGGGUUUAGAACCUGAGGGGAAGAAACAGGAAGUCAUUUUCAAACCGCCUGUCGCCUGGUACCUCUCCCUGUGCCUGUUGUUUUACUUUCACAGAGAUAAUGGCUUACAACACAAACUGUUUAUCUUGUUGUGUGUUCACGGGGACGAAUUACUCGUGAUGGAACGAAAUAGAAAAAAGAGAUCAAGGGAAAGAACAGACAGAGACGGGGAGAGACUCAAACCCUCCAGCAAAGAAAAAAAACAUACAGUCUGGAAUCACAUGCUUUUUCUGUUUCUUAUAAAUCUUUUGCUGACACCAGGGCUUUUUUCUCAAUCUCGUUUCGUUUGCUCUCUCUUCAUUCUCUCGUGCAUGUCCAUGGAAUCGAGAAAGAGAAAGCAUGGCCGCACUCGUACUAAAUUCGAUCAAGAACUUACUUUUCAAACGUUGAUGGAGUAUGUUCUAGAGGUAUGUAGUAAAAAUACAAGAUUUGGUCUCUCGCAGAAUCCUAUUCCACUUAGACCACAAGAUUCGAACAUAACAUUAUCACAAUAUUGUCAUCUAGAUCAUCAAAAUACACUCUUAGAAGAAAAGGUUCUACAGAAGUCAGUUUCAUAUAUAGAAUCAUGAGAUCAUUUUAUGGAUUUAGUUUAAAUGAAAGAAUGAAUUUUGUUUUAAUGUUUAAUUUUGUUUCAAUUUUAUGAUUUAAACCGGUUGUGAACAUACUUUAUCACUAUAAAUAACCUAUUAAACAUGACAAUAUUGUGCAAUCAUUUAAGUCAUUUCUCCUUAUGAAGGCCCUUUUUGGAACUCUAGAACCCCCACUGAACCUCUGUAGCAUUUCUUUUAAUUUACAUUGCAAGUAAAUACUUAUUUUACAUCAUGUAUUUCUUUAUCAUUUCAUUUGAUUAUACUCUUGUCCUGAAACAAUUAAAAACAGCUAUUAAAAUAAUACAAAUAAUAAUAAUAAUACAUAUAAUUGACCAUCAUUAGAUUACUCAAAAGUAUUUUUUUACAUGCACUCCCAUUCAAAAGUUUGCGGUUGAUUUUUUAAUGUUUUUGAAAAAAGUCUCUUAUGCUCACCAAGGCUGCAUUUAAUUGAUACAAAAUACAGUAC